AUGUCUGCUGCCUCUAUCUUGAACUUCAGUAGUUCCAGAUUUACUCUCACUGGUUUUCCUGGCUUAGAAGUUGACUAUCUCUGGCUCUCCAUCCCUUUUGCCUCCAUUUAUGCUAUGGUUUUCCUGGGGAACUGCAUGGUACUCCACGUGAUCAGGACUGAGCCGAGUCUGCACCAGCCCAUGUUCUACUUCCUGGCCAUGCUGGCCCUCACUGACCUGUGUGUGGGGCUGUCCACUGUGCACACAGUGCUGGGAAUCUUAUGGGGGAUCAUUCAAGAGAUCAGCCUGGAUUCCUGCAUUGCCCAGUCCUAUUUCAUCCAUGGUCUGUCCUUCAUGGAGUCCUCUGUCCUCCUUACUAUGGCUUUUGACCGCUAUAUUGCCAUUUGCAACCCAUUACGCUAUUCCUCCACCCUAACUAAUGACAAAAUCAUGAAGAUUGGAGUGGCAAUCUUAUGUAGGAGUUCUAUGCUCAUACCUCCAGUCAUCAUUCGCCUAAAGUUCUUAAAUUAUUGUCAGCCCCACAUCCUUUCUCACUCUUUCUGCCUGCACCAAGACUUAAUUCGAAUGGCCUGUUCAGACAUCCACUUCAAUAGCAUCUAUGGUCUGGCCCUGGUGAUCAGCAACUUGUUGUUGGAUGCAGUGCUCAUCAUUAUCUCCUAUAUCAUGAUCUUGCAUGCAGUCUUAGCAAUUGCAUCACGAGAAGAGAGAAUCAAGUCUUUGCAGACCUGUGUAUCUCACAUCUGUGCUGUUUUGGUUUUCUACAUCCCAAUCAUUGGUCUGACCAUGGUUCAUCGUUUUGGCAGACACCUCUCACCCUGGGUUCAUGUUCUCAUGGGCAAUGUCUAUAUCCUUUUCCCACCCUUGAUGAAUCCCAUUAUUUAUAGUAUCAAGACCCAGCAAAUACGAAGAAGAGUCCAGAGAUUGUUUUACUUGAAAAAAUGUAAGUCUUAA